GCGGCGGACGGCGCGAGGGACGGCCGGGACGCGCGGGCGCGGAGCAGGACCGCGGGGCGGCCGCACGGCCGGCCGGAGCCCGCUGGGGCGGCGGGGCGGGGGCUCCGGGGAGGCGCCGACCCUGGCCGGCAGCAUGUCAUGGUUCAGUGGCCUUCUGGUCCCCAAAGUGGAUGAACGCAAGACAGCCUGGGGUGAACGCAAUGGGCAGAAGCGCCCUCGUCACAGGACCCAGACCAGUGGCUUCUGUGCGCCCCGCUACAUGAGCUGCCUCCAGGACGCACAGCCGCCCAGCCCCACUCCUGCCGCCCCACCUCGGUGCCCCUGGCAGGACGAGGCCUUCAUCCGGAGGGGCGGCCCGGGCAAGGGCACUGAGCUGGGGCUGCGGGCUGUGGCCCUGGGCUUUGAGGACACUGAGACAGCAACAGCAGGUGGGGUGGCUGAGGCGUCGCCCGAUGCAGCACCCAGAAGCGGGCGAUCCUGCUGGCGCCGUCUGGUGCAGGUGUUCCAGUCCAAGCAGUUCCGCUCCGCCAAGCUGGAGCGCCUGUACCAGCGGUACUUCUUCCAGAUGAACCAGAGCAGCCUCACGCUGCUGAUGGCGGUGCUCGUGCUGCUCAUGGCUGUGCUGCUGGCCUUCCACGCCGCACCGGCCCGCCCGCAGACUGCCUAUGUGGCCCUGCUGGCCUGCGCCGCCAUCCUCUUCGUGGUGCUCAUGGUGGUGUGUAACCGGCACAGCUUCCGCCAGGACUCCAUGUGGGUGGUGAGCUACGUGGUGCUGGGCAUCCUGGCAGCUGUUCAGGUUGGGGGCGCCCUGGCAGCCAACCCCCACAGUCCAUCCACAGGCCUUUGGUGCCCCCUGUUCUUUGUCUACAUCACCUACACGCUCCUCCCCAUCCGCAUGCGGGCAGCUGUCUUCAGUGGCCUGGGCCUUUCCACCCUGCAUUUGAUCUUGGCCUGGCAACUCAACCGUGGUGAUGCCUUCCUCUGGAAGCAGCUCGGUGCCAACAUGCUGCUGUUUCUCUGCACCAAUGUCAUCGGCAUCUGCACGCACUACCCAGCGGAGGUGUCUCAGCGCCAGGCCUUUCAGGAGACUCGUGGUUACAUCCAAGCCCGGCUGCACCUGCAGCAUGAGAAUCGGCAGCAGGAGAGGCUGCUGCUGUCCGUGUUGCCCCAGCACGUUGCCAUGGAGAUGAAAGAAGACAUCAACACGAAGAAAGAAGACAUGAUGUUCCACAAGAUCUACAUCCAGAAGCACGACAAUGUCAGCAUCCUGUUUGCAGACAUUGAGGGUUUCACCAGCCUAGCGUCCCAGUGCACCGCACAGGAGCUGGUCAUGACCCUGAAUGAGCUCUUUGCCCGAUUUGACAAGCUGGCCGCGGAAAACCACUGCUUGCGGAUCAAGAUCUUAGGGGACUGUUACUACUGCGUGUCAGGGCUGCCGGAGGCCCGGGCAGACCACGCCCACUGCUGUGUGGAGAUGGGGGUGGACAUGAUUGAGGCCAUCUCGCUGGUGCGCGAGGUGACAGGUGUGAACGUGAACAUGCGCGUGGGCAUCCACAGCGGGCGCGUGCACUGCGGUGUCCUUGGCUUGCGGAAAUGGCAGUUCGAUGUGUGGUCCAAUGACGUGACUCUGGCCAACCACAUGGAGGCGGGGGGCCGAGCCGGUCGCAUCCACAUUACUCGGGCCACUCUGCAGUACCUGAACGGGGACUACGAGGUGGAGCCGGGCCAUGGCGGCGAGCGCAACGCCUACCUCAAGGAGCAGCACAUUGAGACCUUCCUCAUUCUGGGCACCAGCCAGAAACGGAAGGAGGAGAAGGCCAUGCUGGCCAAGCUGCAGCGGACCCGGGCCAACUCCAUGGAAGGGCUGGUGCCGCGCUGGGUGCCCGACCGCGCCUUCUCCCGGACCAAGGACUCCAAGGCUUUCCGCCAGAUGGGCAUUGAUGAUUCCAGCAAAGACAACCGGGGCGCGCAAGAUGCCCUGAAUCCCGAGGAUGAGGUGGACGAAUUCCUGGGCCGUGCCAUCGAUGCCCGCAGCAUCGACCAGCUGCGCAAGGACCACGUGCGCCGGUUCUUGCUCACCUUCCAGAGAGAAGAUCUUGAAAAGAAGUACUCACGGAAGGUGGAUCCCCGUUUUGGAGCUUACGUGGCCUGUGCCCUGUUGGUCUUCUGCUUCAUCUGCUUCAUCCAGCUCCUCGUCUUCCCACACUCAACGCUGAUGCUUGGGAUCUAUGCUGCGACCUUCCUGCUGCUGCUGAUCACUGUGCUGACCUGCGCCCUGUACUCCUGUGGCUCUCUUUUCCCUGAGGCCCUGCAACGGCUGUCACGCAGCAUUGUCCGCUCCAGGGCCCACAGCACGGCGGUUGGCAUCUUUUCGGUCCUGCUUGUGUUCACCUCUGCCAUUGCCAACAUGUUCACCUGUAAUCACACCCCCAUUCGGACCUGCGCAGCCCAGAUGCUGAAUUUAACACCUGCCGACAUCACCGCCUGCCACCUGCAGCAGCUCAAUUACUCUCUGGGCCUGGAUGCUCCCCUGUGUGAGGGCACCGCGCCCAGCUGCAGCUUCCCCGAGUACUUCAUCGGGAACGUGCUGCUGAGUCUGUUGGCCAGCUCUGUCUUCUUGCACAUCAGUAGCAUUGGGAAGUUGGCCAUGAUCGUUGUCCUGGGGCUCGUCUAUUUGGUGCUGCUUCUCCUGGGCCCCCCAGCCACCAUCUUUGACAACUAUGAUCUGCUGCUUGGCGUCCAUGGCUUGGCUUCUUCCAAUGAAACCUUUGAUGGGCUGGACUGCCCAGCUUCAGGGAGGGUGGCACUCAAAUACAUGACCCCUGUGAUUCUGCUGGUGUUUGCGCUGGCGCUGUAUCUGCAUGCUCAGCAGGUGGAAUCGACUGCCCGCCUCGACUUCCUCUGGAAACUCCAGGCAACGGGGGAGAAGGAGGAGAUGGAGGAGCUCCAGGCAUACAACCGGCGGCUGCUGCACAAUAUUCUGCCCAAGGAUGUGGCUGCCCACUUUCUGGCCCGGGAGCGGCGGAACGAUGAGCUCUACUAUCAGUCGUGUGAGUGUGUGGCUGUCAUGUUCGCCUCCAUUGCCAACUUCUCUGAGUUCUAUGUGGAGCUGGAGGCAAACAAUGAGGGCGUCGAGUGCCUGCGGCUGCUCAACGAGAUCAUCGCUGACUUUGACGAGAUCAUCAGCGAGGAGCGAUUCCGGCAGCUAGAGAAGAUCAAGACAAUUGGUAGCACCUACAUGGCUGCCUCCGGGCUGAACGCCAGCACCUACGACCAGGUGGGCCGCUCCCACAUCACUGCCCUCGCUGACUAUGCCAUGCGGCUCAUGGAGCAGAUGAAGUACAUCAAUGAGCACUCCUUCAACAACUUCCAGAUGAAGAUUGGACUAAACAUGGGCCCGGUGGUGGCAGGUGUCAUUGGGGCCCGGAAGCCACAGUAUGACAUCUGGGGGAACACGGUGAACGUCUCCAGCCGGAUGGACAGCACUGGGGUUCCUGACCGGAUCCAGGUGACCACAGACCUGUACCAGGUUCUAGCUGCCAAGGGCUACCAGCUGGAGUGUCGAGGGGUGGUCAAGGUGAAGGGCAAGGGUGAGAUGACCACCUACUUCCUCAAUGGGGGCCCCAGCAGUUAACAGGGCCCAGCUACAAAUUAGCUGAAGGGACCAAGGUGGACAUCUGAGUGGACUCUGUGCUCGCUGGGCGGAGCUUGUGGCAGGGACACUGAGCCUCAAGACCCUGCUGACCACAAAAGGGAACACCCCGGCCGCUGUGCUGGGGCCAUGCUCAUCUGCCCUCAGGCUGGACAACGAGGGGCUACCAAAGGGUUUUUGCCAGUGAGUUUCUUUUUAAAUUGGAACAGGGCUAUUCCCUCUCCUCUCUUCCAGCUUUUGGGAGCAGGGGAGGGGGCAGCAGCAAGGCAGCGGGAGCCCUCCUGCCUGAAAGAUGAGAAUGGCAGUCUGCCACGCCUGCCCUUUGUCUGUCUGGGCGACAGGUCAGGGCUGGGCCCUCACUUUCCCUCUUUCCUGGGAAUAUUUUGUACAAAGACUGGGGUAGGUGGGAAGAGUGCCUAUUCCAUGCUUGCCUUUGCUAUGCCUGAAUCUCCAGCAUGGUCCUGGGGCCGCCCCCCCCAGCCAACUCUCCCUCCUAGGCACAGGGCAGAGGAGAGCGAUGCGCCUGGGACCCAGCUCUGCCCAUAUUUCAGGGGAAUGUUUCCAUUUGCCAAAUCCUAGUCCCAGGAUCUGUCCCCAAAGGGGAACGAAGGGACUUCUAACAGCUCAGAUUUAGCCCCAGUUCCUGCAAAGCGCCAGGGAAAGGGGCAUCUGGCUUCACUGGUACUGUGAAAAUGCCCAGCCAGACAGCAGGCAUUUGUGUGCAGUUGUCAGACCAGGAGCUGGAAGUUUACCUGCAGGUGCCAAAGAGAGCAGGCUGGCCAGGGAGAGGGGUGGGACAAGACUGGCCUGAGGGCCAGGGUGGUCAGGAUCUGGUCACUUUGCCCCAGUGCUCUCUUGUGGUCUGCUGGCACAGGACGUGGAGCAUCCCUACCCCUUUUAUUGCCAAAUUAGCAAAGGGCCAGGGCAUGGAGGAGGACAAACCUGACCCCAAACCUGUCCUCCCCAGCCUUUGGUACUGGGGAGGGCCUGUGUGUCUCUGCAGUGUGUGUGUGCGUGUUUGUCUUUACAGGUAUGUCUGUUUUCUGGGGCUGUGUGUCCUUGUGCUUCUGGUCUUCAGCUCUCCACCCCAGGCUGCCUCUCUCCUGUGGGCCUCUGUCUUCUGGGAAAAGGCAGGGUUUCCGGUUUCAAGGGAUGUAGAGAGAGGCCCAGGUUGCACAACAGUGGGAUUCGGUGUUGUAGCAAGAGGAGGGGUUUCUGGGGAGAGGAGUCCUUUUUGUGCCAAAUCCCUAAGUGCCAUUUGGGGGUCAUGUGUGCAGCAUGACUGUGUCCCUGCCUGGGGUGGGGACCAAGGCUGAACUGUCUGGGAUCUGGUGGGCUGAGGUUCAGGGAUUUCCUGGGUUCCCCAGCUUGUGUCCUGGGACGUGGUAUGCUUUGGGACAGGGGUAGCAUGGGGUCCCUCUGAGGACCCAGAUACUGGUACUAGGGGAUGGGGAAGGGGAACCUGAAAGUUGGCCUUCCCCAAUCUUCAGCCUGAGUCUAGCAUGUUCCUGGCUCCUCAGUCCCUAUAAAGCCCAAAAGGGCCGGCAGGAAGGUUAGGAGGCUGGACUCUAGAUUCCCUUCCUGUCUUUGCCUUCUUUUUAUCCUUUUCUUGGCAGCCUCCUUGCCUCUGGCCUGAAUUAGCUGGUGCCUUGGUUUCUCUCUCUGUCUGUACCUAUUUAAGCCAGAGUCAUUAGCCUGAAUUUUGCUUGAAGGUUGCUUUGUCUUGCAGGUGAUUAGAGACAGAGGAAAGAAGGUCCCAGAGUUGCUGGGUUGGGAGAAGGUGGCGCUCUGGUCCUUCCUCAUGCCCUUUCUGACUGUAGCUCCUGUAGAGGCCUGGUUUCUGAUCGGAAGUCUCCACGUGCCAACCAAACGAGCCUUCAGGCGCUGCACUAGACAAGGCAGGAGGGAGGGGAAAGGCUAGUGGGUCCGGACAGAAGGUCCGCUUCCCGCCCCACAGCCGUAUCCCUCCAUAGGAAGGGACUGCUUGGAGCCACAGGGUGGGGUGAGGGUAUAAGGCCACCAGGGUAGGAGGGCCCCAAUCCAGGUGACUUGUCUCUGCCUCUUGCUAGGUGGGAAGGGCCUGUCCACACCCAGCUGCCCAUACCACAGUGCCAGCCAUGCUCCUCACCCGGGCUCCGUUGUCCCUUUACUCACCAGCUGGUGGGGAAGUCAGUGGAUGGGAGGCCCAGGGACUUGGUUUUAUACUGUAACCACUGAGGGAAUGGGGAGGGUAAUGUACAUGUAUUUCAGUAAAAUAUUUAAUAUAUUUAAAUAUCAAUAAAAUCAAACUCUUUGUAAAAUUCC